AUCUAAGAUCAGUUCUUUCUGAAUGUUGUAGUUGAACGGAUCGGUAGCUCGGCUUAGUUCGCAUUAAUAUUGAAAAUAAUAAAAAAAAAAACAAUCUUGUAUACUACAAGAAGCUGAGUACUAAAGGUUCCUUAAAAGUGCCUUUUUACACAACAUAUAAUUAUAUCCUUUAAGUGAAAUAUACAAAAAAGAUUCAUGCACCAUGAUUCCAGUCUUUAAGAAACUGGGUUUCCUCUACGACACAUAUGUCCUAGGUAUUCUUACAGUUGGAUAUAUCCUCGGUGAAUUGGGGCACUAUCUCAUCGGUGUGACAUCAAAACAAACUGCAAUUGAAUUGGAUUACGGUGAUGUAGCGUGUCAACAAAAUAACACAGAUUUUGAGCGAACAUCGCUACCCGAGCAAUGCAACAAAGUUUUCAAUAGUUCACAAUGUAUGGCUUUGCAAAUCGAUGGAACUCCAUAUUGUGAAUGGAACUAUAAUGGUUUGGGAUGGGACUAUCAACUUUUAGCUGGGCCAAGUUUUAUAGCAGUUUUCACAAUUGCUGGGGUGUUCAUGGGCAUUGCUGCAGAUAAAUUUAAUCGAGUUAAAAUGCUGACAGUGUGUACAUUCGUGUUUGCUGUGGCUAUCAUACUACAAGGCACAGUAAAAGAGUAUUGGCAUCUUAUCCUUUUGAGAAUGGUCAUGGCAGCGGGUGAAUCUGGCUGCAAUCCCUUGGCGACUGGUAUCAUGUCAGAUAUAUUCCCGGAAGAUAAGCGUGCUCUUGUUAUGGCAAUCUUUAACUGGGGUAUAUACGGAGGAUACGGAAUAGCUUUUCCAGUAGGAAGGUAUAUCACAAAGUUGAAUUUCUGGAAUUUAGGCUGGAGGGUUUGCUAUUUGGGAGCUGGAGUCUUAGCUGUGAUAGUUGCUGUUCUCACUGGAACAACUUUGAGAGAACCAGAACGUAAGGCAAUUGCUGAGGGAGACAACCAAAAGGACACCAAAAAAGUUUCGAUUUGGGAUGUAGUGCUACAUCCAAGAAUGAUUUUGCUGAUGUUAGCCGCAUCCAUUCGUCAUUGUGGAGGCAUGACAUUUGCUUACAAUGCUGAUCUCUAUUACAAUAAUUACUUCCCUGAUGUCGAUCUUGGAUGGUGGUUAUUCGCUGUAACAAUCGGAAUUGGAAGCAUUGGAGUAGUAGUUGGUGGAAUUGUUUCUGAUAAAAUCGUUGCUAAAAUGGGAAUUAGAUCGAGAGCAUUUGUAUUGGCCUUGAGUCAGUUGAUUGCAACACUGCCAGCUUUUGGUUCGGUAUAUUUCGAGCCAGUUUGGGCAAUGAUUACACUUGGAAUGAGUUACUUCUUUGCUGAAAUGUGGUUUGGUAUUGUCUUUGCUAUUGUGGUAGAAAUUGUUCCAUUGAGACUACGAUCAACAACAAUUGGAAUCUUCUUGUUCGUUAUGAAUAACAUUGGAGGAAACUUGCCAAUUCUUGUCGACCCUGUGGCUAAAAGCAUUGGAUACCGUGGAUCGAUUAUGAUAUUCUACGCUGGAUUUUAUGGAGUAAGUUCAAUCAUGUUCUUCUGCUUGUGUUUCUUGCUUGAUGGCAAACCUGAAGACACCUCAGUGGAUUCAACAAGGACUAAUGGAAACAAUUUCGAUUUGGGUCAUGACAACAACGUUUUUACCCAUGAUGAUAUGACAACUAGAAAUAGACCUGCCAUUUUGCCACAUACCGCAUAUGGUAAUGAUUAUAAUAAACCAGCAGCACUGUCAAAGAGCGCCCAAGAGAGUAGUAGACUGUAAAUAAAGUUAAACGUUGUCAUUUUUCAUCAAAAUUCACCACUCAUCAUCCUAUGAUACAGAAGGCCAUAAUUCGAAUUUAAAUAAGAUUAUAAUGUAUUUUAUAGACUUAAAAAUUAAGAGUUGGUUUUUUCUUGAACAUUAUUUUAAAGCUAUAUACGAUUUAUUAUACUUGUUAGUGAUUUAUUUAAAGAAAUUAACAGGUUUGAUUCAAUGAAAUUAGUUGAUUCUUUUUUGGCUUGAUUUUUGUCAGAGAAAAGAUUUAUUUAUAUUUGUUUACCUUCAAGCGAAUGUUAUAUGCUUUUUAGUUAUAAUUUAAUAAUCCCUAAAAAUGUUAAUUGUAUAAAUGUUAAAAGAAAAAAUAUUAUUUAAUUAUAAAAAAAUUGUUUUUUUUU